CGGAGGAAAUGUUUUUGCAGUUGGCGUCUCAAUAGUCAAUGGGGGAUUGUAAGCAAUAACUUCUCCUCAACUCUACUUUAUAACAUGGAAUUUUAUGCCAUCUUAAAAAGAAAUUGUAAUUGGGUUUUUAUUCUUUAAUGAAAUGAUGGGUUAACUUCCAAUGUUCUUUGAGAAACAGGGUAAUGGGUUCUGCUUUAUCAAACCUCAAGUACAUAACUGAAGCAUGUUCAGCUGGUGAGCGUAUAAUGGAAGUUACAAAACUAGUUCCCCAGAUUGAUUCAGACAACUUGGGGGGCAAAAUUCUGGAAAUUUUUUCAAGUGAAGUUGAAUUUAAACAGGUCAAGUUUGCCUACCCAUCAAGGCCUGAUAGCAUUAUACUAAACAACUUUUGCCUAAACAUACCAGCAGGAAAGACAAUUGCUUUGGUAGGUCCUAGUGGCUCAGGAAAAUCCACAGUGAUUUCACUGUUGCAAAGGUUCUAUGACCCUCUUGAGGGAGAGAUUUCUCUAGAUGGGAUUGCCAUUGAUAAGCUGCAGCUCAAGUGGCUAAGAUCACAAAUGGCAUCAGUAAGCCAAGAGCCUUCUCUGUUCUCAACCUCCAUUAAGGAGAAUAUACUCUUUGGCAAGGAAGAUGGUACAAUUGAGGAAGUAAUUGAGGCUGCCAAAGCUAGCAAUGCUCAUAAUUUCAUAUCUCAGCUGCCUCAAGGAUAUGAUACCCAGGUUGGUGAGAGAGGCAUUCAAGUAUCAGGAGGACAGAAGCAGAGGAUUGCCAUUGCAAGAGCAUUAGUUAGAAAACCCAAGAUCCUUCUUCUUGAUGAGGCCACCAGCGCAUUAGACUCUGAGUCAGAGAGGCUUGUUCAAGAGGCUCUCCACAAGGCAGCCAUGGGCAGAACAACCAUAGUCAUCGCACACCGCCUGUCCACCAUUCGAAACGCCGACGUUAUUGCCGUCAUGCAAAAUGGUAGCGUCACAGAAACUGGCUCACACGACGAGCUAAUACAAAACCAAAAUGGGCUUUACGCCUCAUUUGUUCGUCUCCAACAAAUUCCAAAAGAAACUUCAGAAGAUCAAUGUCACUGCAACAACAGUACUAAUAGUCCCGCUCUUCCAUCAUCUGCGAGCCAAUUGAAUUCGACCCCCGAGGACGCUGGAUUGGACUGUACUGCUGCUACUGCUAAAGAAAAUCCAAACAACAUGAUCAAACCCAGAGCUUCAUUUUGGAGAUUGAUGUCUAUGAGUCUUCCAGAGUGGAAGCAAGCGAUUUUAGGGUGUUUGAGUGCUGUUCUUUUCGGAGCGGUUCAGCCGGUGUACGGAUUCGUCAUGGGGACGACGAUAUCGGUGUUUUUCUUGACAAAUCAUGAUGAGAUGGAAGAGAAAAUAAGGACUUUUGCGUUGUGUUUUUUUGGGCUCUCCGUUUUCUCAAUGCUGAUUAAUAUCAUCCAGCAUUACAACUUCGCAUACAUGGGAGAGCUCUUGAGCAAUCGGAUUAGGGAGAGGCUGCUUUCAAAGAUACUCACUUUUGAAGUUGGAUGGUUCGAGCACCGACAAAACUCCAGCGCUACCCUUUGCUCUAGGCUCACCAAAGAAGCUGAAAUGGUGAGAUCUUUAGUGGGUGAUAGAAUGGGUCUUCUUAUACAAACCAUCUCAGGCGUCGCCAUAGCAUGGACAAUGGGGCUAAUAAUAGCAUGGAGACUUGCCGUGGUCAUUAUUGCCGCCCAACCCAUAGUCAUUGCCAGCCUGUAUGCAAAGCGAGUCCUACUCAAAACAAUGUCCACAAAAGCCAUCAAAGCCCAAGAGGAAAGUUGCAAGCUUGCUGCCGAAGCAGUCUCCAACAUCCGUACCAUCACUGCCUUCUCAGCCCAGAACACAAUUCUGAAGAUGCUAGAAAAGGCCCAAGAAGGCCCACGUAGAGAAAGCUUAAGACAGUCGUGGGUCGCGGGUAUUGGGCUCGGGUUUGCCCAGAGCAUCACAAUUCUCAAUUGGGGUGUCAGCUUUUUGUGGGGAGGCAUGCUUGUGAACAAGGGCCACGUCACAGCAAGAGCAGUCUAUGAAACCAUCAUAAUUUUGGUCACCACCGGCCGAACCAUAGCCGGUGCUGGAAGUAUGACAUCAGACCUUGCCAUGGGUUUGUAUGCAAUCGGGUCCAUUUAUGGUAUCUUGGACCGGACCACAAAAAUCGAGCCCCAAGUUCCUCAAGACAGGCAAGUAGAAAACAUAACAGGUCGAAUUCAAUUUCGUGACGUGGAUUUUGCAUACCCAACUAGGCCCAAUGCGAUGAUCUUCCAAGGCUUCUCGAUUGAGAUGGAAGCGGGAAAAUCUACGGCGUUGGUGGGACAAAGUGGGUCAGGCAAAUCGACCAUCAUCGGAUUAAUUGAGAGAUUCUACGAUCCAAUCAAAGGCGUGGUGGAAAUGGACGGCCGAGAUUUAAAGACGUACAACCUUAGAUCGUUGCGGAAACACAUGGCGUUAGUCAGCCAAGAGCCAACGUUAUUUGGUGGGACCAUAAGAGAGAACAUUGUAUAUGGAGCGUCCGAUGAGACGGACGAGACGGAGAUCGUGCAGGCCGCAAAGGCAGCCAACGCUCACGAUUUUAUCAGCGGAUUAAAGGACGGAUACGACACGUCGUGUGGGGAUAAAGGGGUGCAGCUAUCUGGAGGUCAAAAACAACGGAUAGCAAUAGCCAGGGCAAUACUAAGAAACCCAGCGGUGUUGCUAUUGGACGAGGCCACCAGCGCGCUCGAUAGCCAAUCGGAGAAGGUGAUGCAAGAAGCGCUGGAGCGGUUGAGGUUGGGGAGGACUAGCGUGGUGGUGGCCCACAGGUUAAGUACCGUACAUAACUGUGAUCUUAUUGUUGUGAUUGAAAAAGGAAAGGUGGUAGAGAAAGGGACCCACUCUUCCCUGCUGGCUAAGGGGCCCGCAGGUGCUUAUUACUCCUUGGUCAACCUUCCUGGUCCAAAGACACAGCCUUAGUUGACUAACAGAACUUGUGCUUAUUGGGCUUUAAGGCAAAGAGAAGAUGAAACUGUGA